GUUUGUUGUUCCCGGGCUCCGCCCCCAGCUCCCAUCUGUUCCUCCCCGGCCGGGGAUCACAUUGUGGCUGUGUUUCCCGCACGCUGUGUCCGGGCUCGGGGUGCUGCCCUCGGGAUGCCCCCGGUCGGUGCACUGGGGGAGCUCCGCUCGUGCUGGCGGGUCCCGGCUAUCGCGCACUUCUGCUCCUUGUUCCGCACCGCUUUCCAGCUGCCCGACUUCGAGAUCGAGGAGUUGGAGGACGCUUUGUAUCGCGAUGAUGUGGAGUUCCUCAGUGACCUCCUGUCCUGUCUCCUGCAGGGCUGCUAUCAGCGACAUGAUAUCACGCCUCAGACCUUCCACAUAUACCUGGAGGACAUCAUCAGCUACCGCUGGGAACUAGGAGGGAAACCCAACCCACUCAAGGGGGCAUCAUACCACCAGCUGCCCCUGUGCACCCGGCUGGAGAUCCUGCAUCGGCUGUGUGACAACAGGCUGGACGCCGUUGAUGUCUUCGACCUCCUUAAGGGACUGGACGGGGAUAGUCUGCGGUGUGGAGCCGCUGGGAGAAGUACUCCUCGAGGGAACCUGUACUGGUAUUUCUAUGGGACCAGACUCUACAAAGAAGAACCAUCCUGGGAGAAGAGACAGCGGGCACUUGAAGAAGCAGCUUUAGGGCCGGAGAAGCCUGUAAGGAAGAGAGGACGUCCCCCCAAGAAGAAGCCAUUAGUGGAGGAGGCUGUGGUCAGUGAGAAAUUGGACGUAAAGCCGCCGGUGAUUGAGGAAUUAAAGAAAGAAAACGAUCGGGCUCGGAGAAGGAAGCUGAGGGAGGAGCGGUCCUGGCUACUGUCACAGGGAAAAGAGUUACCCCCUGAAUUAUGCCACCUGGAACCAACCUCACCCAUCCAGGGGGAAUAUCGAGUGCCAGAUCUGUUGGCUAUUGACCUGGACGAUCAGUACACAGCCAUGUAUAAAGUCCUGGAUGUGGUGAAGGCUCAUAAGGAUUCUUGGCCAUUUCUGGAGCCGGUGGAUGAGUCCUACGCUCCUAACUACUAUGAUAUAAUCACAUGUCCUAUGGAUAUUUCCAAGGUGGAGCAGCGGUUGUGCUCGGGGUAUUACCUCACCAAGGAUCAGUUCGUCAAAGACAUGAAAACAAUCUUCAAAAACUGCGUCAAGUACAAUGGGCUGGAUAGCGAAUACACAGAGAUGGCUGACAGUCUGGAGCGCUGCUUUAGAAAGGCUUUACUGAAACAUCUCCCGGAUGAUGAUGCGGAGUCUGAUGGCGACACCUGGAUUCGCUCCGAGGACAAAGAGAAACCUGUGAAGAGAAGGAGCCAGGGGAGGCGCUCCAGGGCUGGAGGGUGGAGGAAGGGUAAAGAGGAAGGUGGGAGAAAGAGGCAGAGUUCAGAGAGCAGCAUGAUCCACCAAUCAUCACCCAGCGAGGACGGAGAGGACAGACUGCACCCGGCUGAGAGCAGAGCGCCAAAAGGACAACCGUAUGCCUAUCCAGGGCAGUAUGGGGGAAUGCCGAGGAACUCGUUCCAUCCAGGUGACAUGUCCGCUAUGGGGAUGCACGCUCCUCUUCGGGGAUCAGUCACCGGCCUUGGUUUUGGACCCUUGAGAUUCCCAGAGCCGCUCCCAGGUGAUCCCAUUCAUAGUGCUCAGAGUUAUGGAGCUCAGGCUGGCGUCCACAUGCCGGAACAUAAUAAAUGUACAGACUACAGAGCCCAGCGAGCACCUGGUGGCUCUGAUCCUGUGUAUCCAGUAAGAACAUCUGUCCAAGAAGGGGGCAAGCAUCCGCAAUCUAACCCUCCUGCUGGUUGUAUACCCCCCGUGAGACCCCCUGUACCUGAUGGAAGAGCGCCCCCCUCUGGCCCCUCUCAUCCACCUUACAGAUAUGGACCUCAGCCAGCUACGUGGAAUGGAAAUGGACAUCGGCACCCAGGUCUGAUAGCAGAAGAUGGAGUAGAACAACCUCCUCGAUACUAUCAACCUUCAGACCCUCGACUAAGACCCCCGGGCCCCCACCCUGGGGUCAGACCUUCGUUUGGUUCAGGGAAUUCCAUGAUGGACAGUCCGGAGAUGAUUGCGAUGCAGAGAUUGUCGUCUUUAGUCUGUUCCUCGGCAUCAGGCAAUGUGUCUCAGCCGUCCUCAAAUCCUUACCCACCCCAGGCACCGUCUAUACCGUACCCGAAUCCACCCCCUGCAACCGCUUACCCAUCUCAGGUGCCUCUCACCCCUGACCCCCCUCAGACAUCAUCCACUUCAUUACAGCCCAGUGAGAUAAACAAUGGAAAUAAUGGAUCAGAAGACGCUCCAAAUCCUGAAAGAACGACAGAUAAAGCAGAAGUUUGUCCAUCUCCUGCACCCCCAGUGAUGUCACAAGACCAGACCCUGCCAGAUUUGUCGUUGCCGUCCAACUUACCAACAAUCCCAGAUCCCAGGUUGGCUCAUCCCUCGGAGGUAAUCCCUGAGAUUCUGACUAAUCCAAUUCCCAGUGAUGUCCAAAAUGAGGACAAGUCAGCGGCUUCAGGGUCCGGCAUUUGUUCUGGUUCUGAGCAGAACCUUCUGGUCCCUCCGAAUGUAUUGGACGCACCAGAAAGGCCACCUGAGGGAGCAGACGGAAGUGCUAAAAUGGACCCUGAGCCAAUCACUCACCAAGAGGUUCCUCGGCCUUCGCCCUAUGUAGACAUGGCAGGACCAGCACAUAAGGGGGAAUUGGCCCCUAUGGUUCCAGCUGCUGGUAACAGACCUCGCAUGGGUCAGUGUCCAGGACCUGAACGGCCCCCAGGACCUCGUUAUCCACUCCAGCAGUUAGGGAAUGGACACCUACGACCUCACCCAGGCCAAUUCCCUGGAUACCAUCACCAGGGUGAGGCUUACUCUUACCCGCAGCCACAACAAGCGCAGCCUCCAUAUCAGCCUUACCAGCGGCCUCCCUAUUACCCUCAGGAGUACCAACGCUGGAACCACAAUGGACAGCAGACCCCCCGGCACCCAGGGGGUUACCCACAACCAGAUGGGGCUAUCAACACACAAAAUAUGGGAGAGUUACGGAGCCUUCUCAUGUCUCCUCUGCUGGAAGGAGAACCCAGAGCCGUGCCGGGAGAAAACACUGAGUGCCCCGAGGGGAAAGGAGAGAAGAGCGAUGACUCCUCCACCCGUCCAGAGAGCCCCAAACAGUUCCUGGAUUUAGACAGUCAUAAGAGACAGAGUGGCCCAUAUGCCUAUGGACGGCCGCAGGGCUGGGCAAAUGUCAACUUCCAGCCCCCAUCUAAUAUGAUGACUCAACUGCACUACCCUCCCCAACACCAGUACCCUCCUCGAGGAUACCCGCGGCUGCCUCUACACCAGCAACGCCACCCUGUGCCUGGACAGACCAACGGCCACCCACAAAUGGGCUCUGGUUACCCACAUAUGGAGAGUAGAGGGCACUUCCAUGCUGCUAUGAUGGAGCAGGGCGGGAUGCACCAAUUUAGUGAACUUUACCGGCCACAAGGAAUGCAGCUACAAAUGCAGACGUCACCUUUCCCAAAAGGCAGAACUCCAGUGCAGGGGGAGAUGAUGGAACGGGCCCCCAUGUUACCCCUGGAUCAGACCUAAUCUGAGUGACAUUCAGGACGACUCCUCAAUCAGCAUCAUGAUCGCUGUCCCCCCUCCAUUGAUCCGUGCCUUUUGAGGGGGGGGGGGGCACCCUUCCGUGUCUCCCCCCCCCCCCCCCCUGUCCUAUCCGAAGCUCCCGCAACCUUCUGUAUGUUGAGCGUCCACCACAAACUGGUCAUAUCAAACUCUAAACUCCUCCUCCUCUUGAGGUUUACGGACCCGAAGUUCUCAGGAAUUCCGCACAUGGUGCCCGCGGGGCCCCUGAUGCUCUGUUUACACUCCACUGAUU